AUGACGCCGCUGAGAGAGAGAGAGAGAGAGAGAGAGAGAGAGAGAUGGGAGGGAGACGGAGAGAUGGAGAGAGGGCGUUGGACUGCUAUAUAG